AUGCAGACUCUACUCUCUCCGGCAGCGCGCUCCGGCGUCGCACCACCAGCUCCACCGUGCACGGCGAGGAUAGCAAAGCUUCUACCUUGCUAUCUCCACCACCCAUUGAAUACCUCUAACGCCACGCCUAACCUUCCUUCAUCUCUCUCUUCAGUAAAAUCUCUCCAAUUUUUAUCUUCACCUUACUUGAUUCUCAAAAAUCAUGACAGGAAAACCAUUGCCUCCUCCCCCAUUUCUGCAGCGUAUAAUUCUCCCAGUGACGAUUCAGAAGGGGCCAAACUCGCUCAGGUUUCAAAGAGAUUAGAGAGUACAUCUAGGUAUUUCAAGAGAUUGGGAGGUUUAGGAUUUUGGGGACAGUUAGUUUGCACGGUUGUUGCUGCUGUAAUCCUUUCAUUUUCAGUUGUCAUUACUGGGAAGAUUACAUCACCAGCUACCUUUUAUGCAACUGCUGGUGGCAUUGCAGCUGCGUUCGUCUCUGUCUUCUGGUCAUUUGGUUAUAUUCGUUUAUCUGAUAAGCUUCAGAAAACUGCCAACGAUCCUUCAAAGGCUCCUCCUCGUGCGGAUGUUGUAAGAAGCCUGAAGAACGGAAUAGUAGUAAACCUGUUGGGGAUGGGUGCUGCUAUACUCGGUAUGCAAGCAACUGUUGGUUUGAUGGUGGCUAAAGCUCUUACAACCUCAGCUAAUCCUUAUUACCAGGGGCUCUCUCCUGGGAAUAGUCCUGUUCUUGCCUUGGAUGUGUUCUUGGUGCAGGCAUCUGCAAAUACUAUCCUCUCACAUUUUUUAGGGCUAGUGUUCUCGUUGGAGCUACUGCGUUCAGUGACAUUACCACCUGCAGAAAAUGUUCCAGUAUUCAAGACUGCAUAA